UUGUCGUUCGAGUCAGUUGGGUUUUUUCGUAUCUGUUGGAUAUUGGCGCCCGUGGCAGCUUGCUCCACGCUGCGCGUAUCUGUGAAUCUGUAUCUGAGUGUCUAAGCAAGAUAGUUUGUUUAGUGAAUGAAAAUUAGCAGUAUCCGACGCUUGCACUUUGGCUGAGUGAAAUAUCUAAAUCCAACUGCAGAGCACGUCAAAUUAUCUCGACAACACCAACGAAAUUAAAAAUAAAAAAUACAAAAAUACAAUAAAAUAAGAUAUUCCAAUCGCGUACGCUCCUCAACCAGAAAUAAUAAUAGAUAGGAAAAAAACAGCAACAAUAUAUGUAAAUGCGCAAAGAAAAUUAAAAAGAAUCGAGAAAUAUCUGUUGUUUAUUUAUCUUGUGUACCAAACAGCUGGUGUUGCAACAAAAGCCACAGAGCGACGAUUAUCUAGAGUGUUGAAUAAAUUUUGGUCAGCCGCCAGCAACGACGACAGCAGCUAUAAAAUUCUCUCCAAGAGGCGCUAAAUUUGUUUUUUCUGGACCCCUCUUCAGGAGCCCGCACCCUUAGCAGCUUGAGAAACAAUUAGCAGAGCCGAAGGAAUCUGGAAACUUUGUUGAACAAUUGAUCUAGACCGGACGCGGUGAGAGCUAAAUGCCCCGAUUUGAUUAGCAAUACCCAAACAGCUGCAGAAUUGGUUCACGUCAUGUAUUUACGAGAAAUGCUUACACUGUCAUGCCUGGUCCUUCUGCUCGGUGGACUGCCGCAUCUCACAUCAACAACCACGACCACCACCCUGGUCGCUGCCAUGUCGAUUGCGAAUCAGGACCUGGAGCGAUACUUUAGACCAGCUAAUGCCACGCACACCUUCGCCAGCAUGGAGGAGCGGAUUGCCGUGGAUGUCUAUAACUACGCUUUUCUCAACUGGUCAUAUAUGGACCAUGGCAACACGCUGUGUGAGACGGACUUUGCCCAGGAACAGGCUCGCUAUGGAGAGGGUCGGGUGCUGAAUGUGACUGGCCGUUUGAUCCACAUCAGUGCCACUGACAGCGUUAGCGAUGACUAUGCCUGCACGCCCUAUAUUCGGGGAACUAUGGGCGCCCCCAUGCCCGAUAAGGGAGUGGUCUGGAUUGCUUUAGUUAGACGCGGCCGUUGCACAUUCGAAGAAAAGGUUAAGCAUGUCUAUCAGCAGAACGCCGCCGGUGUCAUUAUCUACAACGACAAACAGGUGAUGCAGCUGGAGAAGAUGCAGAUCAAGGGCAAGACGCGAAAUAUUGCUGCUGUGAUAACGUAUCAAAAUAUUGGACAAGAUCUUGCAAUGACUGUUGAUAGGGGAUACAAUGUAACCAUAUCUCUAAUCGAAGGACGGCGUGGUGUGCGAACUGUCAGUAGUUUAAAUCGUACUUCAGUUUUAUUCGUCUCCAUAUCAUUCAUCGUCCUUAUGAUAAUAUCGCUUGUGUGGCUCAUCUUCUACUAUAUACAACGGUUCCGUUACAUGCAGGCGAAAGAUCAGCAAUCGCGCAACUUGUGCUCUGUUACCAAGAAAGCGAUUAUGAAGAUUCCAACGAAAACGGGAAAAAUAAGUGAUGAGAAGGACCUGGACAGCGACUGCUGUGCCAUAUGCAUUGAAGCCUACAAGCCCACGGACACAAUACGCAUAUUGCCGUGCAAACACGAGUUCCAUAAGAAUUGCAUCGAUCCGUGGCUAAUUGAGCAUCGAACCUGUCCGAUGUGCAAACUAGAUGUGCUCAAAUUUUAUGGCUAUGUGUUUCUGGGAAGCGAAGAGAGUAUACUGGAAUACCAACCAGAUCGUCCAGAUCUCACAACAAUUGUGGACCUGGGCCUUCAGGGCUCUGCCACGGAGCCCAACCCCGGCCCAUCUUCCACACGGCCCUCUGCCUUGUCCGAUCUCAUUCGCAGUCGAGACUUCGUAAUAGACUUUCCUCGAGUUUUCGUCCUCGAAAGUGGCAGCGUGGUGGGUGCUCGUGAAAUGCUUUUCCCCAGCCGAUUACCAGAGAGGUCGCAAAGUUCGUUGUCGCUCAGACAGGCUCGAGACUGGAUGAACCUGAUGACCAACAAGCUCGAGGAGCAGCAGGGGCUGCGGCGUUUGCGAAAGGAUGAAAUGCAGCAGCAACUUCUAAGCGCUCAGGAAUCGGCCCGGCAUCGUCGCUCACGCUCCGCGGAUGGUCGCUUUGGCGGUCGUCAGCGACAGCCUUCAGUUCAGGGCCCUGGGCAAGUGCAACCUGAGCUUCAAUCAGAUAACCCUAAAAUUCCUCGAUCAAGUUCUUCCCACUCCCUGCAACAGAUAACGGAUACUUCGUAUGCUCAGUCAAGUCAGCGACAGCGGGAACGGGAACCCUUCGACUUUGCCAGAACACGCCGUCGCUUCAUGAAGGGCGAAAGCGAUGAGAUAUCCUUGCCCACAAUACCCAAACGAGGAAGUAUGGUAGGUACUGGUGGAAUAGCUCCACUUCCCACCCAAUCAAAUCCGGAGAGAGAGGCCAGUGGAGACUACAUCACCAUUCAGGUGAAUGGGGAAGGUAUCGAUCUCAAUGAAUGAACUACGCUAGGGAUUGCCUUAUUGUAUUCCUUGAACUAUUUGCUUUCUCGCAACUGUAUAAAAUAUGUUGUAUAAACUAUUCAAUAAUAGAAAUGGUUAAUAAAAGGC